UAUUCUGAAACAUUAAACAAUCCAAAUCCAUAAUCUUUUCCUUUUUCUCAUGUUUUUGUUUUUAUCUUACUCUUUUGGACAAUUUCUUUGAAGCUCAUCAACUUCUAAACAAGCCCAAUUGCCUCAAUUUUAAGAACACGCUCAAGAUUCAUAGAUUGAAGAGAAAAGACAAGAAUUUUGGUAUUUACUACCUUGUUUUUUAUCAAGUUUUCUUCAAUAGAUUAAACAUGUCACCAUGUGUGAAGAGAUUGGGAAAAUGGGUGUCUUUGGUUUCAAGGAGGGGUUUGUCAACUUCCAUUGUUCAGAAGGAUGCUGCUGCUGAGAAUGGUGUUAAAUCAUUGAACCUUUAUUCUGCUGUUAAUCAAGCUCUUCAUAUUGCUUUGGACACUGAUCCUCGUGCGUAUGUUUUCGGAGAAGAUGUAGGCUUUGGUGGCGUGUUCCGUUGCACAACCGGAUUAGCAGAUCGAUUUGGUAAAAAAAGGGUUUUCAAUACUCCUCUUUGUGAGCAGGGUAUCGUUGGCUUUGGAAUUGGUCUAGCAGCUAUGGGAAAUCGAGCCAUAGCAGAAAUCCAGUUUGCAGAUUAUAUUUUUCCUGCUUUUGAUCAGAUUGUCAAUGAAGCUGCUAAGUUUAGAUACCGGAGCGGAAACCAAUUUAAUUGUGGCGGUUUAACAAUUAGAACUCCUUAUGGAGCUGUUGGCCAUGGUGGACAUUACCACUCUCAAUCUCCUGAGGCUUUCUUCUGUCAUGUUCCUGGUAUCAAAGUCGUCAUCCCUCGAAGUCCAAAGGAAGCGAAAGGGUUAUUGUUAUCUUGCAUUCGAGAUCCAAAUCCUAUUGUAUUUUUUGAACCAAAGUGGCUUUAUCGUUUGGCCGUUGAAGAAGUACCAGAAGGUGAUUACAUGUUGCCUUUAUCUGAGGCCGAGGUGAUUCGAGAAGGAAGCGAUAUUACACUUGUUGGAUGGGGAGCUCAAUUGUCUAUAAUGGAACAAGCUUGUGUUGAUGCUGAAAAAGAGGGAAUUUCUUGUGAAUUGAUAGAUCUGAAGACACUAAUUCCUUGGGAUAAAGAAACUGUGGAGGCAUCAGUAAAAAAGACAGGAAGACUUCUUAUUAGUCAUGAAGCUCCGGUGACCGGAGGUUUUGGUGCUGAAAUCUCAGCCUCGAUUCUUGAACGCUGUUUCUCAAGGUUAGAGGCCCCUGUAGCAAGAGUUUGUGGCCUAGACACUCCUUUUCCUCUGGUUUUUGAACCUUUCUACAUGCCAACCAAGAAUAAGAUAUUGGAUGCAAUUAAAUCAACUGUCAGCUACUAAUGUGCUUUACUACAUUUACAUGGGAGGAAACUCAUUCAUUGUGGCUUUUUCUUCCAAUGUGAAACAAAAAGGUCAACAAAAGAAUAAUGACCAUGUAAUGUAAUAGUAAUGUGAAGUAUCUCCAUUAUGAAUUCUCCUAUAACAGAUGUGCCCUAUAUAUUGAUCAGUAAAAAUGUAUUAUUGAAUUUUACUAUGAUGAUGAUGAUGAUAAUAAUCUUUUGGCCCUUUUCCUUUCUUCA